GGCUGUGGGUGAUGGCCAACCAGAUGAUGUACAUGCUGAAGAGCCAGUUGGAUAACAGUCAAAUUCACCAACUGUAAUAACAAGAAAGUUUUUAAUUGAAAGAGCUUAAAGUUAAAAGGAUGUGUGACAAAAAAAGCAUAUUUUUCACUCUCAUCACUGCAUAAAAUAAUAAACAACGCAUUCAAAUGUGUAUGAAUGGAAACGAAUCGUGUCCAUAUUAAAUUCUUGACUAAAUAUAUCCUCGUACGCUGCGACCACAUGAUAAUGACGCUGGAACUUAAAUGUAUCAUUGUCCUAUUAUGCCUUCAUAAAACUUUUUCUACAUACUUUCUUGGGGGUACAAUCAGCUGGUACGUAUCAUUUGUUCUCAUACGAGAAACGGUAUGAUCUGCACAAAUAUGUCGCGACGCUUCCACAGAUCGAGCUGUCUCUUUUAUCAACUUCUCACUAUAAACAAAUAUCGUCUCUCAACAAUAUUAUCACGUAACUCACUCGCACAGUGUCUCUUUCUUAUCACUCUCAUCGACAGAUGUUAUGGAAACUACAGGAGUAUAUAAAAUAUAAUUUCUGUUCGUGGAAGAAUCGUGUCCCGAUCAAAUCAUACCUGAAGUUACGACAUCAGGGUUGGAAUUGAUUGGUAGCUUUGACAAAACGUAAUAUAGCAGAAUACACUUACAUUUACUCUAAUACAACAACGUCCUUUUUUAAAGCCAAAGAAGAUGGAAGUCGGCUUACCCUAUUUAGACCAGACCUUGCAGCAGGUAUUUUAACUCCCAGAUUAAUCUCAUCAUCAUAGUGUUAGUUAGUUGCAAGCAUGGGUGAGUCUGAGGGGUACCGAGUCCGAUAAUCUUUUAGAUUCUUUUUUUAUGAGUGUGGUUUAUUGCUCUUUUUUAAUUUACUGAGCCCUGGAUAGAUAUUUGAUUUUUCGAAAAUAAGGUUACUUUGUAUGUCCGUCUCCCGAACAAAAAUUUCAAUUUCUUGUGAAACAGAGGGUGUUAUUAUUUCGCCUGUCAUUUUUCUCUGUUCAUUUGUGUUAAAAGUUGAAUAGAUCGGACGCGAAAUACAAAAGCUCAAGUUCCACUCCGAGUCCUUCAAAAAAAUCUCCAGUCCGAGUGCGCCAAAAAAUCUUCCAGUCGGGACUCAGACUUGUCCAUGCCUGGUUAGUUGUCUUUUUGUGGUAGGCAAAGACAUUCCCGCUAUGAUUUUCAAAGAAAAUGAUACUCUAUCCUGCUGCCUGUAGAAGUGUGAAUUGAAACAUGUAGGACUGUUUCAGGAGACCAUUCGACAAUACUGUUACAACUGGUUCCGUUCAAGUUAUUGUUUAUCAGCGCUUGUCAUGGACGCAAUCAUCAGUUUUUUGUGAUCAAACGACAAUUAAUUUGAAAACAUUACUUGUUGAAGGUGGUGAAUUUGACUGUUAUCCAACUGGCUCUUCAGCAUGUACAUCAUCUGGUUGGCCAUCACCCACAGCCGGUAUAUAUUGCACAGAUUUUAGUGUCAAUGAUGACCUAACUUUGGGCGAAAAUUUCUACACAGUUUCCUUGCUAGUCAAUACAUCUAUUACAGUUGGUCUUACAAAUAGUGAAUGGUCAAGUCAACUGGAAGUGGGAGCUAAUAGCACAUGGUCGAUUACAAGUACAAUUGAUUUGCUUUCGAGACCAGACGGAUUGAUCAACACGUCCCCCAUGGUAGCUACUCUACCUAUUUUAUACAAACCUGUUAAUAUUCAACAGGUACAUGUAGUUACUAUGUCUGAUACAGAUACAACAGACGUGCUGAAAUGUCGCUGGGCUACCAAUGCGAGUAGUGUUGAUGAAUGCGGCGGUGUGUGUGGGUCUUUCCCCAGUGCUACUCUCUAUCCAGACAAUUGCACUCUAGUAUUUACGUUAACCGAACCAGGGUUGUACUCUGCUGUGGCUCUGCAAAUCGAGGAUUAUUAUUCAAGUUCAUCAACGACACCUAUGAGUUCGGUACCUGUUCAGUUUCUGUUUUACGCUUAUAAUGAAUCAACCGUGUGCACUGUAAAACCACAGAUUAUUGGUCAACGAUUCAAUGGAGACUGUGUUGCUGUUAUAGUUGGUGUUGUCUUUAAUGAAACAGUGAUUGCUGAAGCUUAUUGUUCUGGAACAACCAUCACCUCUUUCAGCACUAGUACUCCUGAAGGCAUGACCAAGAGUAAUAUUGUCCAAAUCAACUCGACAUUCUUUACCAUUGUACUUAGCUGGACACCACAAGCUGAUCAACUCGGAUCUCAUAUUUUCUGUGCAGGUGCUAUUGAUUCACUCAACGUUCAAAGUGAUCAAUGGUGUAUUACUUACGUGGAGUCGCAAGCGCAACAGGAUACUGUGGUUACUUAUCUAGAUUCAGCUUAUGCAUGUGAAGCUGAAUCUAGGUCAAGUACAACAACGACAACGACGACAGCUGGUACAGUCCCAACCGUUACUAAGCGAGCAAAUUUUACCGUGAUUAUUAACACAUUAGUAAGUAGUAAUCUAUUUAUAUGGAAUUGCAGUGUCGAGAAAAGAUUUUUUUCAUAG